AUGGACGGGAGGCAGCUGGACGGCUGGACCGUCGUCGGGAACACGGGCUACUCCUGGGGCCACAGGCACUACGGGCCCGGGAAGCACCAGCUGGCGCUGCAAAAGUCCGGCUUCGGGGGCCUGAACGUGGCGGUGGGACAGGGCAGCGCUUACGGGACGGCCAUCGGUUGCGCCCCGGGGCCCACCGGCUGCGGGCACGCGCGCUGCCGCUUCCGGCGCUGCCUACCGGGCCAGCAGUGCCGCCGGCGGAGACGGAGGCAGGGCUAUACCUGGACCGCAGAGUCCUGGUGCUGGGCGCAGGGGGCUCUCUACUAUCGCACGUUCGACGGCAAAACCUUCCAGUUCAGAGGCAACUGCAGCUACGUCAUGGUUGAGUCCGACGGCCGCGGGUCCCCGACUCCCCCGUUCCUGCUGGAGACGUCGACCGACCGGCUCGGGGAUUCUCGGGCCUAUUCCUUCAGCCGCUCCUUCACGCUCCGGCUGUACGGGCACAAGUUGUCGGCCUCCCGCUACGAGCCCGGACUGGUCCGGCUAGACGGCCAGCUGUCCGGGCUCCCGGUGUCCCUGCCCGAUGCGCAGCUGACUGUGACCCAGCACGGCCGCUCCCUCCUACUGGUCACGAACUUCGCGCUGCGCCUGAUCUUUGACUGGGACGCCUGGCUUGGGGUCCGCCUGCCCAGCAACAUAUACCGCGGUCGGGUGUCGGGCCUCUGCGGGAACCUGGACGGCAACAGCAGCAACGACCAGGUCACCCCGGCCGGAGUCCCCGCCCCGAAGACCGAGGACUUCGCUGGGAGCUGGCGUGUGCCCGGGUUGCCCAGCGAGGACCAGUGCUACGAGAACUGCUCGUGCCCGGAGUGUCCGCAGGCUCAGGAGCGCGAAUACCGGGCCCGCGAGCUCUGCGGGGCCCUGAACCACCCCAGCGGCCCCUUCGCCGCCUGCCACGGCCUGGUGUCGCCCGCCGGCUUCCGCCAAAACUGCAUCCGCGACCUGUGCGCCGCCGGUCGCCACCAACCCACGCUCUGCCGCGCCUUCACCGCCUACGCCCUGGCCUGCCAGGAGGCGGGAAUCGCUCUGGGGACGUGGAGGGAGCAGACCCGGUGCCGUGAGUGUGGACUCUCUUCUGCCCCCCCCGACAGCGACUACGAGCCCUGCGGAGACCCCUGCGUGCCCACGUGCGCGGACCCCUACCCCGGCUCCUGUGCGGGCCGGUGCGUGGAGCGGUGCCGCUGCCGGCCCGGGCUGCUGUUGAACCGGGGCCGCUGCGUGCCCCCGGCCCAGUGCGGCUGCCAGCACAAGGGGCAGGCCCUGCCGCCGGGCGCCCAGUUCUGGGAGGACGCCGCUUGCUCGCGCCGCUGCCGCUGCCACCCGGACACCCGCACCGUGGAGUGCGAACCGGGAGCCUGCCAGCCGGGGCAGGCGUGCGGGGUCCGCGGCGGGCUGCGGGGCUGCUACCCCAUCCGAUGGGCCACCUGCUCGUCGCCCGGGGACCCGCACUACAUCAGCUUCGACGGCCGCGCCUUCGCCUUCCACAACCCCUGCGGCACCUACCUGCUGGCCGGGGUGGAGGGGGUCGGGAGGAAGGGCCGGGCCUCGGGCGGGCCCGGGAGCGAGGCUCGGGGGGGACCCCGGGGCGGGCCCGGGAGGAAGGGUGAGGGCCGAGCCCGGACUGAGCGCGGGCCAGCCAGCAAGGGUGACGGGCGAGCCCGGCCUAAGGCCGGACCCGGGGCCAAGGAUGGGGACGGAGCGGAUGGCGGAGUGGCGAGCAAGAUCGAGGGCCGAGCCCGACCUCAGGGCGGGGGCGCGGUCAGGGGCGGGAGCGGAACCCGGUCUAAGGGCGGGGGCGCGGGAGAAUCCGAGGGCGGGAUCCAGGGCGGGGUGUGGGGCGAGCCGUGGGUCGGGCGCGGCGCUUGGAGCGGGGUCCAGGGAGAGUCCGGCCUGCCCCUGGAGGAUUUCCAGAUUCUGUUGGACAGCAACCGAACCAGCGGGGACGCCUCCUCCCGCACCGUGCGGGUUCGCGUGUACGGGACCGAGGUGGCCAUCAGUCACGAGCACCCGGGACGCAUUCUGCUGAACGGCUCGCCGACCCACCUGCCCUACCUGCCCAACGACCUUCCGCUGACCGUGCACCGCGUCGGCUUCCUGGCCGAGCUGCGGACCGGCUUCGACCUCAUCGUGACCUUCGACUGGAGCAACCAGGUGCGGGUGUCGGUGCCGGUGGCCUACGAGGGGGCCCUGCGCGGGCUCUGCGGGGACCUGGACGGAAACCCGGGCAACGACCUGAUCCCGCGCGGGGAACCCCGCGACCCCGCCUCCAAGCCGGACGACCCGGUCGCCUUCGCCGGGAGCUGGAGGGAGCCGGGGCCCGACGGACAGACCUGCGCGGAGCCCGUGGUGCGGCCGGCCGCCUGUCCGAACCCGGAGGCCGCGGAGAGGGCCCAGCGGCAGAGCCCGGUCGCCUGCGGGCUCCUGGUGGACCCGAAAGGCCCCUUCCGAGACUGCCACGCCAUGCACGACCCGGACCCUGCCUUCCGCCGCUGUACCUACUUAAGCUGCUCGGAGCCUCGGGAUCCCGACCGCGUGUGCCAAGAACUGGCUCACUACACCUCCGUCUGCCAGCUCGCCGGCAGGCGCGUCGACCCCUGGCGCUCCGGCUCCUUCUGCGGAAUGCUCUGCCCCGUUCACAGCCACUACGACGUGUGCGGCUCGGGCUGCGAGGACACGUGCGGCUCCCCGUGGGCGCCCACGCCGUGCGCCCGACAAUGCCGGGAGGGCUGCGUGUGCGACUCUGGGCACUUGCUCAGCGGCGACCAGUGCGUGGAGCCCAAGCAGUGCGGCUGCCUGCAUGACGGCGUCUAUUACGAGGCGGGAUCCGAGUUCUACCCCGGGCCGCAGUGCACGCCGCGCUGCCGCUGCGGGGCCGGGGGGAUGGUGGUCUGCGAGCCCUCGUCCUGCCGCCGGGGCGAGCGCUGCGUCGUGCAGGGCGGCGUCCCCGAGUGCCGCCCGCACGGCUCCAUCUCCUGCUUCGUCCGGGGCCGCGGCCACCUCGUCACCUUCGACGGACGCGCCGUAGACAUCCCCGAGCACCGGGCCUACGUCUUGGCCCAGGCCCCCGGACCCCAGCCCUUCACCGUCCGCCUCGGGCACGGCCGGCGCGGCCAGCGGGAGGGGCCGGCGACCCGGUGGGUGGAGCUGGAGAUGGCUGGAAGCGUCCUGGUGCUGGAGGAGAAGCGGAGCGGAGUGAUCGAGAUCGACGGGGUGACGCUGCCGCUGCCGCUCAGCCUGGCCGAGGGGUCGCUGCGGGCCUUCCCGCGGGGUCCAGCCACGGUGGUGCAGGAGGCGUCCGGGCUGGAGCUGGCCUACGACCUGGCCUGGCAGCUGGUCCUCACCGUGACCGGCGACUACCGCGGGCUCGUGCGCGGCCUUUGCGGCAGAGGCCACGAGCCCCAUCGACCGGAUCUGCCUAGCGGUACCCCGACCCCCGACUCCGGGACCUUACCGGAGGCCUGGGAGGUGGACGAGGGGGGUACGAAGCCCCCGACCACGGAGGUGCUGCCGGUCGAGCCCCCGGCCUGCUCCCGGGAGGACGAGGAGACGCUCCGGGGCCGGGACCACUGCGGCCUCCUCGCCGACCCCGGCGGCCCUUUCGCAGCCUGCCACGGUCACCUCAGCCCCGACGACCACGUCCGCGCAUGCAGCCGUGACCUCUGCCGCCUGCCCCAGGCCGAGCGCCUGCUGUGCCUCGCGGCCCAAGGCUACGUCUCCGCCUGCCAGGCCGCCGGCGUCACCAUGAGCCCCUGGAGGACGGAGACCUUCUGCCCCCCGACCGUGCUCCCCGACGGCCACUACGCGCUGUGCACGGAAACCGGCCUUCAGCUGUGUGCGACGCGGGAGGGCUGGGAGCCGGGGAAGGAGACGUGCUUCGAGGGCGUCCGGUGCGAGGAGGGGUGGUGGCUCAGCCAGGGGCGGUGCGUGCCUCCGGACCAGUGCGGCUGCUUCCACGACGGGAGAUACUUCCUGCCCGACGAGAAGGUGCUGCUGCCCGGCUGUGAGCAGAUGUGUGUCUGCACCCCGGGUCGCGGCGUCCGCUGCUCAGCGCACAGCUGCGAGCCGGGCACUGGCUGCCAGGUCAGCGAUGGCGUUGUUCAGUGCGUCCAGCGAGUUUCUCCUCCAGACCCCUGCCAGGGGAUUCAGUGUGAAGUCGAGGAGGUGUGCGUGGCCGGCACGUGUCAGAAAGAGGAUAUGGCCACCUGUAUGGCCUGGGGGGACCACCAAUUUUCCACCUUCGACGGGAAUACGUACAGCUUCCAGGGCCGAUGUACCUACGUCCUGGCCUCGUUGCGCCUCCCCGAGGCGGGGUCGGGGCAGGGAGCCUCCCCGCCCUCGGCCCGGCUCACGCCCUUCACCAUCCUCUUCAGGAACGGCCAACGCAGUAACGGGGCGUUGAGCGCUGAGUGGCAGACCGACGUUCAGCUCUUGAACCACACCGUGUCGCUGCAGCGCGAAGGCCGGACCUCGGUGAUGCUGGACGGCAUCUUGACGAAGCUGCCGGUGUCCCUGGCCUCGGGCGCAAUCCGCCUGUCCCUCAGUGGCCGAAACAUCAUCUUGAAGACGAACGUGGGGCUGAGCGUCCUCUAUCGCGGCUGGAUCCUCAUGGUCAGACUGGGCCUCCGGUACCGGGGCCGAACUCAAGGCCUGUGCGGGGACUUUAACGGGGAUUCGAGCGACGACGUGAUCUUGCCAGACGGGCGGUCGCACCCGGGGAUAGAAGCCUGGGUGCGGGAGUGGAAGGUGGCCGACGACGACUCCUGCUCGGAUGAAUGUGAGCCGCAUUGUUCGAGCUGCAGCCCGCAGGAAAAGCAGCUCUACGGCAGCCCCGGCUUCUGCGGGAUCCUAUCCACGGGCGUCCCCGGCCCCUUCGCCGGCUGCCACGCUGCCGUCCCGCCCGCCCAGUAUGUGGAAAAUUGCCUGUACUAUGUUUGUUCAAACUGGGGCGCCCGCCAGAUCCUGUGCCAGGCGUUGAGUAGGUACGCGGCAGAGUGCCAACGGACAGGGGCAACCCUGCAGGAGUGGAGGGAGAUGGCCGGCUGCCGUCUGUCCUGCCCUGCCCAUAGCCACUACGAGCUCUGCGCCAGCUCCUGCCCAGCCAGCUGUUCCUCUCUGCGCCCGGCCGAGACGUGCCCUCUGCCCUGCGCCGAACGCUGCCAGUGCGACGACGGAUUCGUGGCGAGCGGGGAUGACUGCGUCAGCCUCGACACCUGCGGCUGCUCCCACCAUGGCCGCUACUACCAGCUGGGCCAGGAGUGGGCGACCAGCGGCUGCCGCGAGCGCUGCCAGUGUCCGGAGGGAGGUGGGAGUCAGGCCCGCUGCCAGCCGUGGGGCUGCGGCCCCCGGGAGCGCUGUGCCGUGCGCGACGGGGUGGUGGGCUGCCACGCGCUCUCCAUGGUCCUCUGCAGCCUGGCCGGCGGCCAGCUGACCACCUUCGACGGGCGGCAGGCCGGGCUCACCGGAGGAUGCUCGCUGCUCCUGGCCAGGCACUCGGGCCCGUCCGGAGGCAGGCUGCAGCCGUUUGCGGUGACCGUCGGCGGAGAGGCGGAUGACUGGAUCCUCGGCCUGGAGGUCGGGAACCGGAACUUGAAGGUGGAGCGCGGGGCACUGGACAGGCUGCAGGUGGACGGCGAGACGGUCUUCCUGCCCGUGUCCGACCCCGCCGGCUACCUGGCGUACCGCAGCGGUCAGGACCUGGUGCUCCUCACGGCCUUCGACCUUCACCUGGCAGUGUCCGAGGGGUCGGGGCUGCUGCACGUGGAGGUGCCCGCCUCCUACCGCGGGGCCCUGGAGGGCCUGUGCGGGGACGGCGACGGGGACGCCGCGAACGACCUGGAGCCCGGGGCCGGGGACGAGGCGGGCCCGCGAGGGGACGCGGACUACGGGAAGGGGCCGCAAUCUUUCGAGGAGACGCCCAGGCGCUGA